UUGUGCGAAAAUUUUCCUCAAAACGAAACCUAGAUCAUCUAUAAACUGUCCAAUGCCUCACCUGCUUCAAGCUUUUCUGCCAAUAUGCUUAUUUCUUUAACCGAACCUCUUAAGCAAAACCACCAUUUUUAUAAAAAAAAAAUCUUUGUCAUUUUCACAUUUCCACACAUGGAAAAUUCAAAUUCUACAAAUUUAUUAGAAAUAUUGUUUUUCCUAACGGGAAGACUGUAUAAAAAACGGAAUAGCUAGGAGCAUGCUGUUUUUUUUAAGCAACUGAAAGCUUGACUUAAGGCCUAAGUUACAAUAUUUGUUUGCACUAUCUGAGACUAUUCAGAGCUUAUGACUACAUAGCUGCAUGGUAUUUGUGUGUAUUUUUGACAAACUUUUAGUUCAGCCACAAGCCGUGUUUAUAACCGGACCGAUCGUCGCCUACGAAGGGAAUGCAGUCAAUUAUACUUGUGUGACACCCCGGGCUAAUCCAGCAGCCAGUUUGUAUUGGUUAGGAGUUACCUCUGAUAUUGUACAGCAAUAUUACCAGCCAACCAUAACGAUACUUGACGAAGAACAAACGUUCCGGACAGAAUUAGCGAUAACCAUUCUACCUACCGCCACCUACAAAACCAUAAAUGUCACGUGUGAAGCCCAACACGUUUCCACGACACCAACUGCUCUACGAAAUGCAUUGGUCGUCACUGUAUAUCUGAAACCCACAGUUGUGCUGAUGACAGCUUCCAUCGAAAAUGUACGAAUUACUUCAGACUACUCAAUAGAUUACAACGUCACAUCCCGUAUAGAGUUUAACGUCACAUGGUGGCACGAGUCGCCCUUUGGUUCCGGUAUCAGAACACAGGUGAUCGGCAAUAGUAUUAAACAUGUAAUCUGGAAAAGAACUGCUUCAGUGGCUACCCUCACCAUCCGGGAUUACCAGACAUCAGACGACGGUGGUUACUACCCAAUCGUGGCUAAUUAUGCCGGAUUUUCUGCGAUGCCAAUUGGCAGUAAUGUGGCCCGCACAACAGGAUAUGCGAUUCCGACCACCCCACAGAUCAUUACAUUUAAUUCCUACCCGGUGGACAUUACUAAUGUACUGAUGAACUGUACAUCUUCUAAGGGAGUACCCAAUACAGAGAUUAGAUGGUACCGCAAUACACAAGUAGUAGACUCCUCCUGGACAACGGUGGGUGACAUCUCUUUCAAUUCCUAUAACCAUCUGGCCGUCUUUGCUGACAAAGGAGCCAUAUUCAAAUGUGAGGCGAGCAAUAUUUUCGGAAACACAUCCACCUCACUCUCAUUCGUCGAUGUAUAUGGUAAGAUAUUUUUGACAAUUUUUGUGUGUCCAAUACUAAUUGACUUCUGAGUUUGAUUGGCUUGCUAAUAUCUUUUAUUUAAGAGCUUUUUGUUUUGUUUUGAAUAGUAAGCAGAAAUCUGACUUCUUGCACCGCAUACAUGUACAUUUUGGUUAUCUGCAUGUAUUUGAUUUUGAUAAGAUAUAGUUUUUAUGAAUUAAUUGAUGAGGCUGGUUUGUAGCUAGAAAUACUUCCUACAGUGUUUGAUGAUAGCAAUGAAUAUGAUAUUUGAAGGAAGAAUAUGAUUUUCAACACAAAACAUCACUAAAUUACCAUUAAAUCAUUGUUUACAUCAGAUUUUUGUUUACUGUUUAAGUAAAAUUGAUACAUGUAUAUAUUCAUGGGAUCUGAGAAUUUGUAACAGUAGAUAUAUUUUACCUAUCCUAAUG